AUGAACGCGACAAACAGUUCUGUUGACAACGAAGAAUACUAUGAUUUCCGCACAAUAUCGGAAGUUUUUAUGCUGGGAUUUGCUCUUCUUUCUGUGGCAACUGUCCUGAACAAUGGAAUGUUUUUGUGGACUUUCUACAAAGAUCCCUUGAAGUGUCUCCGAACUCCAUCCGCCAUUUUCAUGGCUGGUUUGUCAAUCUCCAAUUUCCUCACUGGCCUUAUCGGAGAACCAGCUGUUGUGAUAAUCAUUGCCUUGUCUCUUGUUAACUUUGAAGUUAAAGACAUCGACAAGUUCUAUCGCUUUACCGAAGCAUUUUUCUCCGUCACGAUCACCAGUUCUUUUCUGAUUAUGUUAGCUCUGGGGAUCGUGCAGUAUUUACUAAUCAAGAACCCAAGAGUUUACGGAAAAAUUGUCAGCCCAAAGUCAGCGAUAAUUGGCGUGAUUUUUAUUUUCGUCUAUUCCAUCUUCUUUGCCGUGUUACCUGAAAUGACCGGCAUUGAUAUAUUCGUGUUUUAUGCUGUUGAACUGGCAGUUCACAACACUUUAUUGACAGUUAUGGUUGUAAUUCUCUACAUUAUGAUCUACUUUGCAUUUCGUAGGCUGGCUCAACGGCAUCGUGAUGCAGAUCUUAAUGAAAACGCAGAGGAACAAGGGCCUGUUACUGAUCUACACCGUCGCCAAGCAGAAAAAGAAUUUAUCUAUGGGACAAUUAUGUUGGCAGUGAUCCUGAUAAUAACAGUUUGGCCCUACUGCAUAAUUUUGUUCAUUGCACUGUUUGGCAAAGAAUUCUCUUUGACUGUAUGGAUAGCGUGGAUGGUCUCAGAGUUCGUUAUGAUGUGGAAAUUUGCAGUGGACCCCUUUGUGUUUGCAUGGCGCCUAAGGAAGUACAGGAAGUCACUGAUAAUGGUCAUGCAGAGAUCGUGCUCAUGUUUUAGGCCAACAGUACCUGGAGCUACCUACCAAAGGCACUUUUCAGAAACAACAGCUGUUCCAGCCCAGUCAGAAACCAGUGACCUUGAUAACGAUAUGCAGUUGGCUAUCAAUGAUAGCACUGAUGCAACAAACGAACAGCCUGCUAGCGCAUGA